CCGCUCACAAUUGGCGAUUGAAUGAUCGGAUCAAUUUGAUCGAACCUCGAGCGCGAACAAGCUCCGCUCGAGUUUUAGUUCGGUUCGUGCCAAAGCGAACAAAUCAACAGCAGAACCAAACCACAGCCCUCGCUAACACCGACAAACGCCGGCUUUUCAUAAGCCGCCAGCGAUGGGCUCCGCAAAGCCGCCACGAUGAAUCGACUCACGGUCUCGGGGCUGCGGCUCCGUCCCUCGAGCACCAAUGCUGCCUUGGCAGCAGUACCCCCGUCGCUGCUACGGCAGCUCGUCGUCCGCUGUCGCUCCCUUCCGGAAUCGCUUUCCCCCUCCUCCUCGUCCUCUUCCUCUUCUCCCUUGGCCUCAUUCUCCUACCAGAGCCGCCGCGGCUAUGCUACGCAGCACUAUCAACAACCCCAGACCGAGUCACGUCGCCGGGCCGUGACCCCCUUCAACGAUGACGGCCGCGUCCCCUGGACCGAGCUAUCGGCCGGCGAGAAGACUGCGCGCGCCGCGCAGCAGACCUUCAACUUUGGCAUGGUGGUCGUGGGGCUGGUCUUGACGGGCGGCGUCGGCUACGUGCUCUACUCGGAAGUCUUCUCGCCCGACAGCAAGACCACCUACUUCAACCGGGCCGUCGACCGCAUCCGCACAGACCCGCGGUGUCUGGAGCUGCUGGGCGACGGCAAGAAGAUCAUGGCCUUUGGCGAGGAGACGUAUAACAAGUGGCGGCGGGCGCGGCCGAUCGCCUCAACGGUGACCAAGGAUGCGCAGGGGAACGAGCAUAUGAUGAUUCAGUUCAACGUGCAAGGGCCCAAGGGGGCAGGACGCGUCAGCAUUCACCUCGUCAAGCGUGCCGGCCAGAGCGAGUAUGAGUACAAGUACUUCUUCCUGGACGUCCGGGGCCACCAGAGGAUCUACCUCGAGAAUGCCGACGCUUUGCGGGCGAAGAGCGGAGAGAGCAAGGGGUUCAGGCUGUUCGGUGUCAAGUGGAGUUGAGCUGACACCACCAACCGAGUGUCCUUGUUUUAUCGUCAAUCCAAUACCCGCAGGAUUGGUUCAGGGUUCUUCGAGUGAGGACCUUUGUGUGUGGGAUUCAUGGGAACCUCAUAGGGGCUUAUAGAAUUAAGUGUACCCUACGAGCUCGAAUUGGGUUCCAGCC